AUGCCCGCGACGCGUCGAGCCGCCGUGUUCUUCCUCGAUGCGGUGCAAACUCGUCGCGCUCGCACUGCCGUUAGCCGCAAGCCAAACGAACACCAGCGGCGACGCGGCGACGACUGCGUCAUACUAGCGUCCAGCGAGACGUAACG